GUGAAAUACAAAGAUGGCUGUCGUUAAGGUACAGGAAGUUUUCAAGCUCCAUGGCCAACUGUAGAUCUGUUCAAAAGAGAUCAUAGAAAGAAACGUGAUGUCUGCUUUUGGUGGACUUGGAAGACCAGAUGACCAAAGAAGGAGGCACGUACAGCCUGGAGAAAAUCUCAGUGAAACAGAAAACCCAAGGGCUCCAGACAGACUUGAAGCUGUAGAGACUACAACUGAUGGCAUAAAGCUACAGUGGACUCCUGUGGAAUCAAACCGGCUUUAUGGUUACCUUUUAGAACGUUCUACAGCAUUUGAAAACACUUGGACAUCAGUACAUAGCCCAAAACCUGUAUUACGUCCUAGAAUCACAAACUUCACAGUAGACAAAGUCAAACCUUAUGAGAGUUAUGACUUUUGUGUGAAAUCAGCAGUGACCAACAACGAGGGUGACCUACUUUGCAGCGAUCCUGGAUGCAAACUCCAAAAUGUUGUGGCAAAGGAGCAAUAUCAGCCAUAUCCACCACGGGAUUUUAAAGUCGAAGACAUCACAGAAGAGUCAGUAUCCCUUAUAUGGAAAGAACCUUUACCAGAUGACGACUACGACACCCCAAUUUCCUAUGAAUAUAUCAUCGAGAUGUGUGACUAUGCAGAUGGUAACAUCCACAGUAGAUGGCAGGAAUACUGCAGAACAGAAACGCUACAGUGCACGGUUAAAGUUACGCACAAUGGGACCUGUCGCUUCCGUGUGACAACACAUAACAGAGACAAGGACAUCAGCAGCCUUCGAUUGGAACUGGGAGACCCUCAGGUUCGCAUCACUAUUGUAGAGAAAAAUGGAAAAACGCUAAAACAAAUUAUCUCACACUGGCCAGUUGCUCGCACAACAGUUAAGGACCUAGAAUCUGGAAGCAUCGUUUUCGUUGUCUCUUGUCAAGUCAUGGAAGGACUGCGUGAACUGUGGAUGAACUACAAGCUGGGGAAAUUGAAAAGGGUCUUCCAAGAUUUGUUUACAUUAUGGGCUAGCCAUACCUCUGAAGUUAGUAACACAGAUCUUGACCUUGACAUUACAAUUGACCACGAAGAUUUCCAUUCCUGCCUCUGA